AUUCGUAUAGGCCGGCCGGCCCGCUCACCCAGCCCAGUAGCGGCGCCCCGCAAUCGCCCCACACCCCACGCCCUAACCCUAGCACCGCGGCGCCCCAAUCUCCGGCGCGCUGCUCCCAUCCGCCCGUCUGAAGCCGACCUCAUCCCCGUCCCCUCCCAUGGAUCGCGACCGAUCUUCUCGCCGCGACCGCGGCGAGGACCGCCACACCACCCACGAGCGCUCGGAUGACCACCACCGACGCCGCCGCCACGACAGCGACGGCCAUCAGCACCACCACAAGCGCGACGCCGAAGACGAACACCGCCGUCGUCGCCACGACGACGGUGGUGUCGAGGAAGACCGCCGCCGUGCUCGCCGACACCGUUCGCAUUCCCCCUCCGAGUCCCCGCCGACUGCGAAGCGGGAUCGGUCGUCGAGCCGCGCGCCCCGGGAUUCCGUCGAGCGCCGCGAUUCGGCCGACCGCGAGCCGCUGCCGCCGCCGUCUCGGAAACGGAAGGACCACGACAGCGGUGGCGGCGGCCGCCGCGACGGCGACGAGCCCGACCGUGAAGGCGGGAAACGGCCGAGGGCCUCAGUGGAGCCUCCUCCGCGGAAGGAGGAAAGGCCAAGGCGAGAGCGUAGGAGGUUUGAGGAUGUUGAUGCGUAUGGUGAUGAGAGGGGUAAGGGGGACAAGGGCAGUCAGUCUGGUGCUAAUGGAGAUUCACAGAGCGGUGCAGCCACUAAUGGUGGUGCUCAGCAGCCGCUCAAUUCUGCACCUGCUGUUGCGGUGCCAUCUGCUAAUCCUGUUUCUUCAAAGGUAUCUUCGAUCACUACCACCAAUGAAAAUGGGGGAGUUAGUAUUAGAUCUGAUGAAGUUACUGGAAAAUCUAGUACAGAUGGAACUGCAAAUUCAUCCGCUGGCAGAAGUAGUAACUUAAGUCUUGAUGCUUUAGCGAAAGCUAAAAAAGCUUUGCAACUGAAGAAGGAAUUAUCAGAAAAACUCAAGAGAUUACCUGCGCUUAAUAAACUCGGCACUACUAUUCCUGAUACACAAACUCCUAAGAAAGAAACACAGUCUGUUUCUGGCUCGAGUGCUUCUGCAGUCCAUGCGGGUGCAUCUUCUGAACUGCCUGCUAGUAGUGUCUCUGCUGGCAUUUCAGGGCUUACCAACAUUCCCAAUUUGGAUGCUGUGAAGCGAGCACAAGAGCUUGCUGCUAAGAUGGGAUUUCGCCAGGAUCCACAGUUUGCACCUCUUAUCAACAUGUUCCCUGGUACAUCCAGUGAACUGACUAUUCCUCAAAGACCUGCCAAGGCUCCUGUUCUUCGUCUUGAUGCUCAAGGUAGGGAAAUUGAUGAGAAUGGAAAUGUUAUUAGCAUGACCAAGCCAAGCAACCUGAGUACUCUAAAGGUCAACAUUAACAAGCAGAAGAAGGAUGCUUUCCAGAUUAUCAAACCAGACUUGGAGUCGCUUGCAAAAGCUACUGUUCAUUUCGAUGAAAGGAUGGGCAUCAACCCAACUAAGCUCCUUCGUCCUAAAAGGCCAGGAUUCCAGUUUAUUGAGGAAGGCAAACUUUCGAGGCAGGCUGAACUGCAGAGGAUUAAGAAUCAAUUUGGCGAAGCACAAGCCAAAGAGCUUAAAGUAAAGCAAGCUCAACUUGCUAAGGCAAAAGUCGAGGUAGACAUGAACCCAAAUCUAAUUGAAAUUGCUCCUGGUGGAAGGCCUCCAAAGCAAAAGCAGAAGGAAGAGAUUCCUGACAUUGAGCCAUGGGACUCGAAAAUUCUGCUAUCUCCUACUUACGAGGACAUCUCCUUGGAAAAGCUUAAUAUGGAUAAGAUCACCAUCUAUGUGGAACAUCCAGAACCAUUGGAACCACCGGCUGAGCCUGCGCCACCACCGCCUCAGCCACUUAAGCUGACUAAGAAGGAGCAGAAGAAGCUCAGAACACAGAGGCGCCUCGCUAAGGAAAAAGAUAGGCAAGAAAUGAUUAGGCAAGGCCUCUUGGAGCCACCAAAGCCCAAGGUCAAGAUGAGCAACCUUAUGAAAGUACUUGGUGCAGAAGCUACACAGGAUCCGACACGUAUGGAGAUGGAAAUCCGAACUGCUGCUGCAGAGCGUGAGCAGGCUCACGUGGACCGCAACAUUGCCCGCAAACUCACACCAUCAGAACGCCGUGAGAAGAAAGAGAGGAAGCUUUUUGAUGAUCCCAACACACUAGGCUGUAUUGUUUGUGUGUACAGAAUCAGAGACCUGUCGCACCCCCAGACCCGCUUCAAAGUGGACGUGAAUGCCCAAGAGAACCGGCUGACUGGUGCGGCGGUUAUCACAGAUGGUAUAAGUGUUGUGGUUGUGGAAGGAGGGAAGAAGUCGAUCAAGAGGUACAAUAAGCUGAUGCUGAACCGGAUUGACUGGGCUGCUGCAGUUGGUGGUGAGGAUGAUGCCGACGAGGAACCAGACAAGCCGGUGAAUAGCUGCGUGUUAGUCUGGCAGGGUAGCGUGGUGAAGCCCACCUUUCCGAGGUUCGGUGUGCAUCAGUGUCGGAGCGAGGCUGCUGCCAAGAAGGUGUUUGCAGAUGCUAAAGUUCCACACUACUGGGACCUGGCUGUCAACUUUUCGGAAGAUUCGUCUUGAGCUCAGCUUCUGUUCUAAGGCAAUGAGAGUGUUUGCUGUGGGAUUGCUCUACUAUUCACAUGCAGUUAGUGAGACUGCUGUAUGCUAGCACCGCCGUUUACUGGACCGACUACUUUGUAUUGUCACGAAUGUCAUUUUCGGACUUUUGAUGCUUGUUGUGAGAUCUGUUUACAUGAUCUAAGCACUGAACGCAUGGAAGAGCUGUUGGAUUUUUGCAGCAUAUGCUUUCAAAUAAAUUUGGUAAGCUUCAUCAGUUUAA